AGAACCCGACACUCAGUCUUCCUUACCUUGCGGAACCUGGGAAGAUAUGAGCCGGCCGUACAAGCGUCCGGCUCUUGCAGAUGGAGAUGGCGAUGGCGAUGGCGAUGGCGAUGGCGAUGGCGAACCAAGUAGGAAGUACACGCCGGUUUCGCUCACACACCCCGUCAGUCCUCCGCUGAAGAAGCGGCGACGUGCACAAUCGUUGGAGGAGACUGAGCCAGCCCGGUCGCCCUCAGCAUCCCGUAGGGUAUUUGACUCUCCCUUCCGCCUGACAAAAAUUCGAGACUUGCCCCGGGAGAUGAAUAAGGAUACAAUCACACUCAAGGAUAUACUGGGCGACCCGCUUAUCGCGGAGUGCUGGGAGUUUAACUAUCUUCAUGACAUCGACUUUCUCAUGGCGGCCUUCGAUCCAGAUGUCCGGCAUCUGGUCAAAGUUCACGUGGUUCACGGGUUCUGGAAGAGGGAAGACCCAAACGGGCUGGAGCUUCAGGAAGCGGCAUCCCGCUUCCAAAAUGUCACCCUUCACAGCGCGUUCAUGCCGGAGAUGUACGGCACUCAUCAUUCCAAGAUGAUGAUUCUCCUACGGCGGGACGACACGGCCCAGAUCGUCAUUCACACGGCCAACAUGAUCAUCCGGGAUUGGACCAACAUGACCCAGGCUGUCUGGCUCUCGCCGAGGCUCCCGCUCAUGGAACCAUCGCGGUGCGACGCCAGGCCGGAGGAAGUCGCGGCGGGCAGCGGAGCCAAGUUCAAGAUCGACUUCCUCAACUACCUCCGUGCCUACGACACCCGCAGGACCACCUGCAGACCCAUUAUUGACCAGCUAUCCAAAUACGACUUCUCCGCGAUCCGGGGGUCGCUCAUAGCUAGCGUGCCAGGCAGGCACAAACUCGACGAUACUUCGCCUACCAGGUGGGGAUGGGCGGCAAUGGAGCAGGCCCUCAAAUCUGUCCCCGUCUCAUCCAGGAGAUCCGACAUUGCCAUUCAGAUCUCCUCCAUAGCAACCCUGGGGCCAACCGACACCUGGCUCAAGAGUACUUUCUUCCGCUCCCUCAGCGGCGGGCGACCUGGCGGCACCCUCCAACAACCACCUAACUUCCAAGUGAUCUUCCCCACACCCGACGAGAUCCGUAAAUCCCUAGAUGGAUACAGCUCUGGGGCCUCUAUCCACACAAAAGUCCAAUCGCCGCAGCAGGUGAAGCAGCUAGCCUACCUCCGGCCAAUGCUUUACCACUGGGCCAACGAUUCGGCCAACGGCGCGGACCCUCAAGAAGGAGGAGGAGGAGGAGAAAGAAGAAGAGAAGACUACGAGAACGACGGCGGUGACGAUGAGGGAGACUCCGCCGUGGUCGUCAAGGAGGCCGGCCGGAAACGCGCGGCGCCCCACAUCAAGACGUACAUCCGGUACGGCGACAAGUCGGGCCCCUCGAUCGACUGGGCGCUGGUCACGUCGGCCAACCUGUCCAAGCAGGCGUGGGGCGAGGCGGCGGUCCGCGGCGCCGACGGGGGCGCGACGAUGCGCAUCGCCUCGUACGAGAUCGGGGUGCUGGUCUGGCCGGGGCUGUACGGCGAGGGCGCGAUCAUGAGGGGCACGUUCCUGACGGAUUCGUUGGGGACAGAGGAGGUGAAAGAGGGCACGACGGCGGUGGCGCUGAGGAUGCCGUAUAACCUGCCGCUGCAACCGUAUGGCAAGGGAGAGGUGCCGUGGGUCGCGACGGCGAAUUACUCGGAGCCGGACUGGAAAGGGCAAAUAUGGAGGCACGGUUGAGGCGAAAACGACAAAUGAUGCUGACAACGGAGGUUCGUGGAUAGAGUCCCGAAAGGAGAUGGUUUUCUGGAAGGAGGGGUAAUAGUGCAACCUCUGGAAUGAGGUUUCUCGAGAGGAACACAGUACUCGCUUGCUAUGGACGUAGAAAUAGGCUCACAAGCAAUACCCCAGGUGGCUUUCCAUAAUCGCCCCCGAGGAUGUCUCCUGGAUUCCUGGCUUAGGGCCCCCCGUCUUCCCUAAACCUGAUAUUAUAUCUAUUGCCCGCCGACGGCCUCGGGCUCCUUGUUCUCGUCGUACCCGUACUUCUCCUUCAGCUCCUCGACCUUAGCGACAUACUUCUCCUGCGCCUGCUCCGGUGUGAUGCCGUCAUCGACCGCCUUUUGCCAGGCCUUGUGCUUGGCUUUGCCCUGCACUGGUUGUUAGCCAUGACUGGAGUGCCGUAUGUGUGGAAGGCAAGCCGGAUGACUACUCGCCUUGAGGUCGAACAUGCCCGGCUGGGGGGCCUUCUCGAUGUCCUCGCCAGUUCCAAUCUUGUAGAGAGCUA